AUGGCUACGAACAUUGUAUGGCACAAAAGUUCAGUUGGUAAACUUCAUCGACAGGAGUUGCUUCAGCAAAAGGGUUGUGUCAUAUGGUUUACGGGUCUUAGUGGCUCAGGAAAGAGCACUUUGGCGUACGCUCUGUGCCAAGCCUUGUAUUCAAGGGGAAAAUUGACUUACGUCCUUGACGGUGAUAAUGUUCGGCAUGGUUUAAACCGUGACCUUGCUUUUAAAGUAGAAGACCGAGCUGAAAACAUACGAAGGAUCAGAGAGGUAGCCAAGCUCUUUGCUGAUGCUGCCAUCAUCUGCAUUGCUAGUGUGAUAUCUCCAUACAGAAAAGACAGGGAUGCUUGUUGUGCACUGUUUCCUGAAAGGGAUUUCAUUAAGGUAUUCAUGGAUGUGCCACUCCAAAUAUGCGAGGCAAGGGACCCAAAGGGCCUGUACAACUUUGCUAGAGCUGGAAAAAUUAAAGGUUUCACCGGUGUUGAUGACCCAUAUGAGCCAUCUCUGAAUUUUGAGAUAGUAUUACCAGAAAAGGGAAACAACAUUACCUCACCAUAUGAAAUGGCUGAAACGGUGAUAUCUUACCUGGAGGAGAAGGGUUACCUGCGGGCCUAA